AUGGCAACCCCAGCUCCAUCAAGGCAGGGCGCCUCCGCGGCGGACGAAACUUCCGCCCUCCAAUCCUCUUUCCACCGCACAAUCGACCGCAUCGAGAACCUCAAGAUCAAGGUCCGGCUUGCCAAGAUCGCUGAUAAAAGUGUUCCUCUGGGUGAUGAGUUCCUGCAGCAUGACCCGGCCCUGGCGGCGUUGACGGACGACCGACGGCGGGCAAUGUUGCCGAAACCGGAGGUAGCGGUGAUGCAGUGGGGGGAGAAGGUUUUCAGUCCCAGCGAGGUGCUGCGAUACCGCGACCUCUCGCGAAACCCGACACAGUUGGAAACGAAAUACCACGGGAUGGUCCAUCAGCUCGCGACCAGCCCACGGAGUGCGGCGGCGAGGGUAUUGGCCGCUGGACGGGUUGACGCCAGAAAACAACUGUUCACAUACACCCAGGCCGACACCUACCGCCCGCCAUCCACCUUCCUCUCGUCCCCAUUCUCAAACAAACCUACCACACAACCCAACCGGGCGCCAACAUUCCACCCUCGCGCCAACACCACCCACCCCCACCGCCACCGCAGGACCAGAUUGGAGUUAUCCGACAUCGUCGCGGAAGACCCCGCAGACCCGCGACCCGCGAUCGAUGCGCAAGGCGUGGGGUGGGAGGAGAUGCAUGUUAUGGCGUUUCUGGGCGCUGAGGAGGAGAGUGGGGUUGUGGAGAGGAGAUUGUGUACGGUGCGGGUGUAUGGGUCUGGGUUGGUUGUUUUCACGCCAGGGCUAACCGACCCGCCGACGCCGUACCGCUUCACACUCGGCCUCGACACCUACGAGUACACGUUCAAAUGCGCGUCGGAUCCGAAAACGAGGGAGGAGACGGAACGGGAGUGGCGGAUCUUUGACGAGUUUUAUACCCAAAAACAAACCCACCUAUCCCGCCUCCUUCCCCCCACAUUCACCCCCCUCCCCGCCCCCACCCAACUCCGCCACACGCUAACCGGCCAAAUUACGCGCACCACCCAGUUCCCCUCCCGCGACGUCUACAUCACCUACCUGCUGGCCCUCCCCAUCGGCUGGGCGGCCGACGAGGACGAGGCGCGCGGGCAGUUGCUGGGUGGGACAACGCAGGUUGCGAGGGGGGUGUGGGAGAAGGGGUGGCGGGCGAGUGUGGGGUGUCCGUUGGAGUGGGUUUUGGUGCGGAGAGACAAGAACAAAGACCGGCCGAAGCUGUUCAUCACCGUCAACAGCGUCGACUCGUGGAACAGACAUCGCGUCGAGGGGUAUGGGUAUCUGUACAUCCCGCAGACGACCGGCCAUCAUACCCUGACAAUCCCAACCUGGCGCCCCCUCGGCACCUACCUCACCCGCCUGCGCGAGUUCUUCAUCGGCGGGUCGCCCGAGCUCGAGGAUCUGGAGUGGAUGUGCCUUCCCGACGGAGAUAAGCCGCGGGUAGUCAACAAGUUCGGCUCGCAGGUGGCGACUUCGGGCACGGUGGAGGUGGAGUUGAAUGUUGUUGAGCAGGCUGAGGUUCAUCAGGCGAAAGCGUCGGCGCGGAAGGAUGGGCUUGGGCAUUUGAACAAGAUGAACAUCCAGGCGAUAACAGAUGCGCUGGCGCGUGCCCGAGCGAGAGUGAAGGCGUUGCAGGAGAGCAGGAUGGGUGCGGGGGCGGGGUAG